AGAGUCAAGGUGAAUAAAGAUGAACAACCAAAUACAUCCACAAGAUGCGAUUGAGGCCGUACAGCGAAGAAGAUAUCAGAACCGCAUUGCGCAAAGAAACCACCGCAAGGCAAACGCCAGGCAGAGCUGGAACAAAAGCGAAUGCGCGAGUUGGACGAAAAGAUAGAGAGCCAGAGAAACCAGGGUAGCGAGCCUCGAGUUUCUGUCGAAGGCGCUUAUCACGGCGGCGCGGGGAUAAAACCCUUGAACAGACCAGAGAACAUCUUUCCUGAUCAGAACACAUCAGAUGUGCCCAUCCCUAAACCUGUCGGAUCCCAGGCCGAGAUUACGCAACAUCAGCCUCGGGCAUUUACUGAAUCAGAGCCCGCAUGGCCACCGGAUAAUUUGGCUAGCGCAACGUCUUACAUGGAUAUAUAUGGAAACAUGGACGAGACAAUGCCAAGCUUGGUCCUGACAUCAGGGUUUGAGUCGCAACGCAGGUCCAUACGCUCGCCCACACUGCGCUCUUUGCCUAGCCCAUCUCGAAUUAUUAAAAGUUCCAAGACGCCUCAGGAAGGAAGUAACCACCUUGAGGGCUCAAAGGUAUUUGGGGGUUCGGGGACUUUCCCGAGCGAGUCCGGCUCACAGAACCUAGGCAAGACAGCACUUCAUAUCAGUUCUGAGCGGGGCAGUUUAGGAAUCGUACAAUUUCUGCUCCUCUCCGGGGUCGAUGUCAAUGGGACAGAUAACUGCGGACGUACGGCGCUGCAUUACGCAGCACAUGCGGGGCACCUAGAUAUUGUCUCGCAGUUACUUAGAGGAGGCGCUGAUUUAGACGCUCGCGAUCAUGAAGGCCGAAGCCCUCUGCAUCUCGCAGCGCAUGCUGAAUGUGAGGAAGUGAUUCGGUUCCUAGCACAGGAAGGUGCGGACUUAGACGCGGCCAUAGGAAUAAGUAGACAGAUGAGUAGUGAGGAUGACGAUGACCUUGACCUUGACUAUGAUAAUUGCGAGACGAUGAAGUCUUGACCCUGGAAGAUUCCCGGCUGAGAAACUAAGCUUGAUUAAGUCAGCAGAAACUAGGAAUGAUGGAGUUCGCCUCCAUAACUUAUCGCUACUUCCUCAGCCGUGUGCUGUUUCAAUUGCCAUUUCUGAGUACUUUUGUGGCAUCAGGCUCACUACGUUGGGGAGAAAUUAGCAUGAUUAUUAUAUGAGAGCAAGAAUUGUCCUAGCGUUGCUUUUUGUAUUUGCUCAGGGACACACGGUUUAAUGUAUUUAUGGGAAUUCUCCCCCUAUGAUGGCAAUAUGAGCCGUUAACUACCUGGGUACACAUCGAUAUUUAAUUAAGCAAACAUUCCC